AUCCUACAAAUUAUAAAAGGUGGAAGUGCCCCCAACAUGAGUAUUUGCCCUGCAAGAAGAACCAUGACUUGGUGUGUGCAGAGCUUUCUCCUCUUGUUGGCCUCUAUACUUUCCUAUGCAGAAGAUACCUGCCCAGAUGUGAAAGUGAUUGGAGUGGGGGCUUCAGACAAGUUGACCAUUCUGCGGGGGUGUCCUGGGACCCCUGGUAUAUCAGGACCACAAGGGCCAGCUGGUCCUGCAGGAGCAAAAGGGGAUACAGGAGCACCUGGGAUUCCUGGGAAAUUUGGACCCACUGGCUUAAAAGGAGAACAAGGAGAUCCUGGGCAAAGAGGGCAAAAAGGUGACAAAGGGGAUCCAGGUGUGCCGGCUCCGGGAACUGCACAAAACUGUAAGGAAUGGCUGGAUCAAGGAGGUACAAUCAGUGGCUGGUACACUAUAUACACCCCCAAUGGGCUUCCUCUCUCUGUGCUCUGUGAUAUGGAAACUGAUGGAGGAGGAUGGAUAGUGUUUCAGAGAAGAGCAGAUGGGUCGGUGGAUUUUUAUCGAGACUGGAAUUCAUACAAGAGAGGGUUUGGUCACAAAGAGAGUGAAUUUUGGUUGGGGAACGAUAAUCUCCAUCUCCUCACAGCAACAGGCAAUUUCCAGCUCCGUAUCGACCUGAUGGAUUUCAGUGAAAAACGCACUUACGCUACAUACAGCAACUUCCAUAUUGCCGGGGAGUCUCAGAACUACACCCUGAGUCUGGGGGGUUUCACGGGAGGAAACACAGGUGACUCCCUCUCUGGGCACAAGAACCAUUCCUUCAGCUCUAAAGACAGAGACAACGAUGUUCAUCUGGAAGGCAACUGUGCCCGGAGUUACAAAGGGGCCUGGUGGUAUACAAAGUGCCACUCAUCCAACCUGAAUGGACUCUACCUGCGUGGAAAUCACACCAGCUACGCCAAUGGAGUCAACUGGGGUGCAGGAAAGGGGUACAAUUAUUCCUACAAGGUGUCGGAAAUGAAGUUUCGUCCCCAGGCUUAAGCAAGGGAGGUGACUUGAUAAUAACCAGCAGCCAUUGGUCAGUACUUACCCACCUGCUUCUGGGAAAAGGGACAUAACCCUGUGGGUGUUCUGCUUUUUUUCAUGCUUCAUCUUAUGUUAAAACUUUUUUUUUUCAUUUAUUCUGCUUAAUAAUAUAUGAAUUAGUUACUACUGCAUCUGCUGUAACUUUCUACUCACCUACUAGGGUUCUGGCUGAUGAAAAUGCAUGGCAUUACUGACAAGUCAAGCCCCAUGCAAUCUCUCAGAUUAAAAGGAACUUGGGACAAGGAAGUGAACGUUCUUCUGCACAAGGGGCUCCACUGUCUCCAAAAGAGAAGUUUAUUGGACUUUUUUGGACAUGGUCACUUGACUAAAUCUAGGGUCUGCCUCUUUUCACCUGCUUACUAUUACUUUUAUUUCUCAAUAAAAUGAACCAAAAACACUAUGACCCAUUAAUACUUUUUUACCCCAGUCUGGUUCUGUCUAUAAACUGAAGUCCCUGGUUGUUUUUGACUGUUGAGUUGAUUGCUGCUAUAAUGCCACCAACUCUACAUUUUAAGUAGAAAACCCAACCAAGUUGAUUCCCUUAUGAUGACACCAGAAGGAACUCUCCUCCACUGUUUAUAAAAUACAGGUGUUAUCCAACUUGUUUGUGGUCUGCAGAUGAAAACAUCACUGAGUGGGCUCAGUACUUUCUUCCCUUGGUGGAAACCAUCCUUUGCAAAGCAGAGGAUACUGUACCGGUCCAAG